AUCUUAAUUUCUCUAUCUCUUAGAUGGCGGGCGAGAAGAAAACCAAAAGGGUCCGGAAAACCCAUACCAGCCGUAACCCGGUGCUGGCCCGGGGUAUCGGGAAAUAUUCCCGGUCGGCCAUGUACGCCCGGAAAGCCAUGUACAAGCGCAAAUACAAAGCUCCAGAAACUAAGAUAGAAAAGAAAAAGCGAGAGAAAGAUCCAGCCACUAUCACAAAGCCUGUUGGAGGCGAUAAGAAUGGAGGCAACAGGGUGGUCAAGCUUCGCAAAAUGCCUAGGUAUUACCCGACGGAAGAUGUACCCCGCAAACUCCUGAGUCACGGCAAAAAGAACUUUGCCCUGCACAAGAGGAAACUGCGGACUUCAAUCACCCCGGGGACCGUUCUGAUCCUCCUCACUGGUCGCCACCGAGGCAAGCGGGUGGUCUUCCUGAAGCAACUUGGAAGCGGUCUGUUGCUUGUAACAGGGCCCUUGGUGAUAAACCGUGUUCCACUGCGCAGGGCUCACCAGAAAUUCGUCAUUGCCACUUCGACCAAGGUUGACAUCUCUGGCGUAAAACUUCCAAAGCACCUCAGCGAUCUUUACUUCAAGAAGAAGAGGCUGCGUAAACCCAAACACCAAGAGGGUGAAAUAUUUGACACUGAGAAAGAGAAAUACGAGAUCACAGAGCGACGCAAGGCGGACCAGAAGGCCGUGGACUCCCAGAUCCUGCCACUCAUCAAGAAGAUGCCUCAGCUUCGGGGCUACCUGCGUUCAACGUUUUCACUUUCUAACGGAGUUUAUCCUCACAAAUUGGUCUUCUAAAUAUAAUCUGGAAACACCACAGUAAACGUUUGGAAAGAAAAAAAAUAACCCACCAAA